GUUGUCGGCUGCGCUUGUUAUCCGCAGAAGAAGACAGUGUCCUCUAACAGUUGGGUCUCCUAGCGUUAGCAUCUGCUACGGCAUCAUGUUCAGAGCGGUGUGCCGCCUGUCAUCCGCAGGGAGUCGGGGUCUGGUCCGUUCACGACCCCGCUACUCGGCUCCAUUGGUAUCUAGAUGUUUCUCCCAUGAAAAGGUAGAGACUGACGAGGAGUUUGAUGCUCGCUGGGUCACUUACUUCAACAAGCCAGACAUUGAUGUUUGGGAAUUAAAGAAAGGAAUGAACACUCUGAUUGGGUAUGAUCUGGUACCUGAGCCCAAGAUUGUGGAAUCAGCACUGAGAGCUUGCCGUAGACUAAAUGACCUGGCCAGUGCCGUCCGCAUUCUUGAGGCUGUCAAGCAAAAAGCUGGACCAUACAAGGAAAUCUAUCCAUACCUAAUCCAAGAGCUAAAGCCCACUUUAACAGAACUGGGCAUCUCAACCCCAGAAGAGCUCGGCAUCGACAGGGUAUAAAUGUUAAGGUUGGCUGAUCUAUAAACAGAGAAACCAUCCUCAUUUGUCCUUAUUUGUUCCUCUUCUGUCCAAAAUGUCUAUAUUGUUUAAAUCCAUUCAGUCCUGUUUCUGUGCAAAUGAUGGACCUAAUAAAGAAAAGCAAUAACUGGA